AAGCCAAGUUUGAUGAUGUUGAUUUCCAUACUGCUCCAUAACUGUCACUAGACAGUUUCUUUCUUUCUUUCGCGGUCUCUUUUUUUUUAGAUAAUAUCUUCUGAUGUUAUCGCUUCAUAUUUUUCCAUAGCUUUGGUACCAUUAUGAACUGUCUCGCCAUGCUGCUGAAGCCCUGCUCAUGUCUAAUGGUGUCGAUGGGAGUUUUCUGCUGAGAAACAGCAAUAAGGGACCUGAAUGCUUUGCCCUUUCUGUAAGGGCAAAGGACUCAGUGAAGCACUUCCAUGUGCGCCGGCAGUUUGGCAGGUAUUCUUUUGGCUUCAAUGAGUUUGCCACCCUUCAGGACUUCACCAGUCACCUGGCCAAUCAGCCACUACUGGGGAGCGAGACAGGUAAUCUGAUAGUGUUGAGGUUCCCGUAUCCACGCCAGGUGGAGGAACCUUCUAUCUACGAGUCUGUGUGUGUUCACACGGCCAUGCAGACCGGACGCCAUGAAAGCGACCUUGUCCCCAGCGCUCCAUCACUUGGUACAAAGGAGGGCUAUCUGGUAAAACAAGGAGCUAUUGUAAAGAAUUGGAAACAGAGGUGGUUCACAUUGAACCGUAAUGAGCUGAAAUACUUCAAAGACAAAAUGUUUGAGGACCCCAUUCGGACGCUGGAUCUGACCGCAUGCUCAGCUGUUCAGUUUGAUUACAGUCAGGAUAGAGUUAACUGUUUUUGUUUAGUCUUUCCUGAGAGGACGUUUUAUCUGUGUGCUAAAUCUGGCGUGGAAGCUGACGAAUGGAUAAAGAUACUACGCUGGAAACUGUCCCAGAUAAGAAAAGGCAGAUGAUGGUCAUCGUGGAAAAAGACAAGAAGGCGGGACUGAGAGUGUGAGCUGUGUGCACAAUUAAGAAUGAUAUAAGAUGAUGAUCUAAGUGAGAAUCAGAGGUCAGUAGAUAGUCAUGGAGUAGGAUAGGUCCUAUGUCCAGCACAAUCAGAUAUCAAGUGUGGAGUAAAGGAAGUUGUGUACAGUGUACACAUCUCCGUGGAGACGAUGUGUCAUGCUGACACUGAACUGUGGCUUACAACAUAGCGGUGUCAUGACCUUCUCUUACACUGACCAUCUUGAAAGAGAGUGCAAAAAAUAAUAAUAUGUGGGCCUGAUGACAUUUCAAAAUAGGGUUUUUGUAGAUACACCCGUCACUAUGACUAAUUAAGUAGUCAACUUUCCUCUGAGGAACCAGAGCAUUGGUAAUGAUAAGCUGCACUGGUAUGUGCAGUAUUGCACUACAGGCUGUGGACCAAAUAACAGAAACUAUUCUAUUUUUCUGUCUCUGAUUACAAUGCAAAUUCUUAAAUAACAACAGAAUUCACAAUAACAAAGCAAUACAAGGCCAGUUACUCCCCAUAUUCCACGUGAAUCCAUCACAAACAGGUUGCCAGUGAUGGACAGACACCCUGUUUCUCCCCAAACAACACCAACAUUUACAAACAUGUUAAUAUCAGAAGAAUCCCAAUAGAUGACUACAAGCUAAUGCUAGACAAUUAAUCAAAAAUUUAAAAUGAAUCACAACUGAAAGGCUUUUUUCUUUCUUAGAACAGAUCAGAUUAGGCUUUCUUACGCAAAUUAAUUAUGUGACAAAACUGACUUUUUAUUUAUGCAGAAGUUUAUGCUCUCUUUCUCUCUCACACACUUGCGUGGUCACACACACACACACACACACACACACACACACACGAUGGCACAUUUCCUCUUUUCAAGUUGUUGAGUGUAGAAUAUGGAGCUUUGCAUUUUUUUUCUCCUUUAAAACUCUCAGUUAAACUAGUAACUCAGCAUAUUACAAUAUUCUAGUUUAAAAGCUUCAAAACUACCCUGAGAUUUUGAAUAAUUUUUAUUUUUUUAUCUACAAUUCUAUUGUUUCAUUUGAUUAUUAUUAUUUAUCUGUAUAUCUGUACCUUUCACACUCUGUGUACAUGUUGCUAAUAUGUGCUAAUACUAUUGUAUGUUUAAUCAUGCAAUUUAGCAUCAUCCUAUCUGCAACAUGAAGGACAACUUAAUUGAGCAGUUUAAACAGAUUAUUAUAAACAAGCUCAAGUGCUCAGACCACAUUCCAAUUUUCUUCCAGUUAAGGCGAUGUCAAUACAAUACUUCUGAGAAACUGACAUGAACAUUGUUGAACCUGUGCCAAAUUUUUUUUUUACUUCCUUUAUUUAUUUAACAACAUUAGAGAGGGAGGUCACAUAAUACCGUUUUCCACUUUUAAAACUAGAGGAUGUUUUGUCUCAUAUAUUCAUUUGACAAAUGUCUUUAUUGUAGUUUAUUGUAUAUUCUAUUAUAAAUGUAUUGCAGUACCCUGGUUUGUAUAAACUGAACCUGAAACCCCAUUGACAUCUGAUCAUUUCAUAUAAAUGCAAAUUACCCUUGGGAGUAAAUUGUGUUUCCAAUUAGUCAGACUGAAAUCUGACUGCUGGGACAGAUUAUGCAAAUCCACUCACUGUGUGGAAAGUAUUAGUGGAGAUUUUGUUGUACUGGGUUGGGUCUUAGUUGUUAAGUGCAUCUUUAAGAGACAGAAAUGUUUAUACUGCUAUAAUGUGACUUAAAUGCACCUCAAAGCUCCUGAAAUAUGUUGAAAUGAUUGCAUGUACAGUUUUGUUUAUUUUAUUUUAUUUUAUUUUUUUUUACACAUUUUAUUCAUGUACUCCUGAUACUCAAGACACAUGAAGUGACUGCAUAUACAGGGGUUGGACAAUGAAACUGAAACACCUGACAUUUUAGUGUGGGAGGUUUCAUGGCUAAAUUGGAGCAGCCUGGUGGCCAAUCUUCAUUAAUUGCACAUUGCACCAGUAAGAGCAGAGUGUAAAGGUUCAAUUAGCAGGGUAAGAGCACAGUGUUGCUCAAAAUAUUACAAUGCACACAACAUUAUGGGUGACAUACCAGAAUUCAAAAGAGGACAAAUUGUUGGUGUACAUCUUCCUGCCACAUCUGUGAUCAAGACAGCAAGUCUUUGUGAUGCAUCAAGAGCCACGGUAUCCAGGGUAAUGUCAGCAUACCACCAAGAAGGACCAACCACAUCCAACAGGAUUAACUGUGGACGCAGGAGGAAGCUGUCUGAAAAGGAUGUUCGGGUGCUAACCCGGAUUGUAUAUAAAAAACAUAAAAACACGGCUGCCCAAAUCACGACAGAAUUUAAUGUGCAGCUCAACUCUCUUGUUUCCACCAGAACUGCCUGUCGGGACAAUAAAUUAUUGUGGUCUAAAACCAGGUGUUUCAGUUUCAUUGUCCAACUCCUGUAAAUCUAUAGUGUACAUCGUAUGAUGUUAAAAAAAGAGGGGGGGGAAAACAAUGCAAAAAUGUUCUUGUGUAAAAAUGUAAAUAUUCAAUAAAAAGAGAAGAUAUUUUUGUACACCAAA